AUGUCGGGGCUUAAUGACCUCAGAAGAUCAUCUGUGAUAGCCUCUGCACAGAAAGCAACAAGUGGAACGACUACUGCGACUACCGCGACGGCAACAAACACUGAUGACACGCAUCAUGCACAUUAUUCUCCGCCUUGGGCGGACGUGAGCAUUAUUGGGAUAGCUGGAUCCUCAGGGUCCGGAAAGACCAGUCUUGCUGUGGAAAUUGUCCAGUCUCUGAACCUUCCCUGGGUGAUCAUUUUGUCCAUCGAUUCAUUCUACAAAUCCUUAACGCCGGAGCAAAAUGCGGCGGCUCACAGGAACGAAUACGAUCUGGAUUCGCCAAGCUCGAUAGAUCUCGACCUUCUGGUGGAAAAACUACGAGACCUGAAACAAGGAAAGAGAACCGACAUCCCCAUCUAUUCAUUUCAAGAGCAUCAAAGACUAGACCGAACUCUUUCAAUAUACUCGCCGCAUGUCAUCGUACUAGAAGGAAUCCUGGCCUUACACGACCCCAGAGUUCUGGAGAUGCUGGAUAUGAAAAUCUUUGUGGAAGCGGACGCAGACCUAUGUCUGUCGAGGCGAAUUGUUCGGGACGUUCGUGAACGGGGUCGGACUAUUGAAGGCACCAUCAAACAGUGGUUCGCUUUUGUCAAGCCGGUCUUUCAGCGCUAUGUUGAGCCACAGAAACAGGCGGCCGAUCUCAUCGUUCCUCGAGGAAUGCAAAAUAAAAUGGCCAUUGAGAUGAUCGUCAACCAAAUACGGCAUAUACUAAAGGAGAAGUCGAUAAGGCAUAACGCAGAACUGGAGAGGCUAGGUCAGCAGAUCGAAGAUUACACGCUUUCGGACAAUGCAAUCAUCCUUGCCGGAAAGCCACAAAUCACUGGAGUGUCGACCAUUCUACGGAAUCCGGUGACCAGCCAGAUCGACUUUAUCUUCUACUUCGACAGACUUGCCGCGUUGUUGAUCGAAAAGGCCCUUGAUUGCCAUAAUUACGUAUCCACCGAUGUCAUCACACCACAAGGUUGCAGAUAUUCCGGGUUGAAGUCCGCCGGCAAGGUCUCUGCUGUCGUCAUUUUGAGAGGCGGAAGUUGUAUGGAAACCGGAUUGAAGAGAACUCUUCCCGAUUGUUUGACCGGCCGCCUCCUGAUCCAGUCGAACCUUCGCACUGGAGAACCCGAGUUGCACUAUCUGAAAUUGUUCCCGGAUAUAGACGAGCAUGAGACGGUCAUGUUGGUCGAUCCGCAGAUGCCAAAUGGUGGAGCCGCUCUAAUGGCGGUUAAAGUUCUUGUCGACCAUGGUGUUGCUGAGAAGCGGAUUGUCUUUGUCACCUGCCUGGCUGGGAAACGCGGGUUGAAGAGGCUAAUGACUGUCUUUCCCAAAAUCAAGGUCAUUGCCGCGAACGUCGUGGAAGACAAUGAGAAACGAUGGAUUGAGGAAAGGUAUUUUGGCUGCUAG